CUUCACUCAGGCUGCAGUGCUCUGCAUGAACAAACUGGAGUUAAUGCUCAUCGCACUGAUGAUGAAGAAUCCGCCCUGUGCUGAUUAUGGAGACGGAGCUGACGACUAUCUACUAAUUAAUCCAUCCACCUCCUCGACUCUCAUCACGGAGGGCAUGCUGGGCUUCUUCAUCUGCGACUCCCAGGAAAUUGCCUCCCGAGCCACAUUUUACUGUUCCAAUUGCCACGACGACGUACGUAGACUUAAAAAAAUGAAGGAAUGCGAAUGCAAGCAUCGACAUCGGGGCCUGAAGAUUGGCAAAAUAAAACGGAAGCAUCAGGAGACUCCACUGACUCCACUGGGGGAGAGUGAAACCUCAAGCCAAACAUCAGCCAAUCCGCUAGUAGAAAGCGAACAUUCUUCUCCUGCAAAGUCUUCUGACUCUAAAAAGAAGGCAGACGAUGCAGACGACGAUGGAAACAGUGGAGGAGCACCGAAUAUGUCCUUGUUCGACAUCACUGGUGUCUACCACUGGACGCCAAAGCGUUCGAUAGAGGAGGCCACUCUGCCAAAUAAUCGCUAUAUUUCAAGCCCCAUCAGCGCUGAAGAUGUCCAGGUCUAUUUGCAGAACCACAUUCUGGUUUGUUUACUCGCAGCUCCUUCUGCACCCCAGCUUGGUUUGCGUUCCUUCGUGCUGCCCCUGCGAGCUAGCAACAUAGACGAACGUAAUCUCCGCCCGAUUGUCUUUCUUGGAGACCUUGACUUUCUGCGUCAGGAAUGGGAGGAGAUCUCCAAAUUCCCCAAGGUCUUCAUCAUGCCCGGAUCCCCACUCUCCCGCAAAGAC